AUGAUUGAUAAGCCCUGGCACAUCCCUGAGGAUGCCAUCACCGACUGGUCGACCAAUCCACUUGCAGCCGGCGGCUUUGGCGAGGUAUUAACUGCCUCAUACUAUGGCGCCCCUGUCGCUGUCAAGCAGCUCUACCGAGGCUACAACCAGAAUGAACUCGCCGACUUUGGCCGUGAGAUUGGCAUCUGGCACAGACUCAGUCACCCUCAUGUCCUUCCACUCCUCGGUGCCUGCGAUACCACGACCAAGCCCUUCAUGGUCUCGCCGUUCAUGCCCAACGGCACCCUCCACAACCACCUUGCCACCGCUCCUGAACCUCGUCCCCUAAGUGAGAAGGUCCGGCUCCUCUACGAAAUCUCCUCUGGCAUGGCCUAUCUCCACGGCAACAACAUUGUCCACGGCAACCUCAAGUCCCUCAAUGUGCUGCUGGAUGAGUCGUAUCAUGCCGUUGUGACUGACUUUGGCAUGGCCAGAACCAAGCACACUUCGGCCACCGCCAACCGAACCCGCCGCGACCAGCCGAUGGGCGGCACCCUUGACUACAUGGCUCCGGAGAUGCUCGAUUAUGACGAUCCAGUUGGAUCGUCAAAGGCUACUGAUGUCUAUGCCUUUGGCAUCACCAUGUACGAGGUCCUCAACAACUGCAGGCCCAUCUGGGUCACCGCCGACGGUCAGCCAAUGAGGGAGAGGGUGAUUGAGUCUCAGGUCCUCCGAGGCAACCGACCCAAGCAGUUCGACGACAUCCCCGACAGUAUCCGAGCCCUCAUCGAGCGCUGUUGGCACCAAGAUCCCGCCAUGCGACCCAAGUUUCCCCGCUCAGGACGGAGAACAGAGACCCAUUAUCGUCACCCAUCGUCGCUUGGAGUCGUUCCAGCCAAUACAAGAAGUAUCCGCUCCCAGGGUGUCCUUUCCCGAACCAUUGACUCCCCGGACACCUCCGGCUGCUGCAGUGCUCACGUCCAAGCCAGUUCCUGUCAAGAACCUGGCAGACGCACUACAGCUGCUCAACUUUGGUGGCGAUGCCGAUUUUGA